AUGUCUGCAUUCUCGUAUGAAGCUCGUGACGGAGAACGACAGUCGCUUGGACCAUGGGAACUUGCGCCACAUGUCAAUGAUCCAUCUCGCAACGAGGCACACCGAUCUGCUGCGAAGGACUGGAACAAUUUCUCCAACAAGGUGACCGCUGUGGUUCCAUUCUCGAUUGUCCGCCAAGAAAAUCGAGCGCAGCGACUGGAGAAGGGCGAUACUUCUGCGAAUAUGUUUAGUAUUCACGAGGUCGAGCCGGAGAUCAGCGAGGUAGAUGGGGCUGAGCGUCCGGAAUCCAGUAAUUUCUCUCUGGGUAAGACACCGCUGUUUCUGUCAAUAUAUGAGCUCAUACUUUACUCCCAAGUGCGCUCAUUCGCAAGCAUAGCUCCUGAUGGCCCGGAUCGGACGGCUCAAUCAGAACUACCCGCAAAGCGUAAAGCUGCUGUUCAUGUGCAACGCUCUGAGUCACCGAUUUCAAGCUUGACAGAGGAUUCUGACGCUAGUAGCAUGGACUACGUGCCGAAGAAAGUGAAGAAAAAGUCUAUCGCGCGCUCUAAGCGUAAACGUGGAGCCAAUAUGUCUGGUUCUGAAGCAGAUGACACUUCAAAUGAAGGCUCACAGUUGGUUCCGCGUAAGCGUACGAGAGCUCAUGAAAGUUCGGCGACCGCGUCCCAAGCGAACGCCUACGAGUCCGAUCCGGAGUACAAUGUCAGACAGAUUGAGCCAUCGAAACCAUACUUUGAAUGGUUGUCCCGCCUUCCGUCUUCAUCCGCCUCGCGACCGAACACAGAUAUCUUCGACUACCUCACGAGCGGGUAUGCGGCACCUCUUACUGUUCUCUCUUUCGACACGCCAUCAGAAACAGUGCUACAUCCGUGGUGGAAUCCACUCAACGGUCCGACCAACAGCUGGAAAGAAGGCCGAUCGCCCUGUCUGCGACACGCGAUAUUCAGCGUUGAGACCUUUGAUGCCGAAUUCCUGGAUGUCUUUACCCAGUCCAAGGCGGGAAGCACAACAAGACGCUUGAGGAAAUCGUCAAGUCUAGACAGUUCGAUCUACGCGUCCACGCUUCUCAAUCCAUCCUCGUCACUGGAUGCAGCUCUGUCUAGCUUUUCCGACGCUUGGGCCGAUCUGCAGAGAAUGCGUAGCGGCCUAUCCGUUUCAGGCAUUGGUCUACGGUCAUCUGCAGUCGUCUUGAUGGCCAUGGAGGCUAUGAUUUGGGCGAAGUUGGAGUCUCUGGCAACGCUAUUUUCUCAAAAGCCAACUGACGGGGUGGAUGAGCCUACCGGCUUGAAGGCUAUCGCUUUUCACCUGUGGGACAUGGUCAAUACCCGCAUGACAGCGCGCGAGGUCGACAUUGGGCCGUUAUUAUCAUCUUCUUCGGCGCAUCCAGUUAUCUUGGAAAUACCUCCCGCUCGCACAGCUCGUUCAGAAUUCGAGCGACAGCGUCAAGUUUACGCUGGCCUACUGCACUUCCUCGGCAAUUUUAUAGGUGUCGAAGACCCUCGCGACGCGCGCCUCCGCUCAUGGCUUGUAUGGCUGGUAGUUGACGUCUGGGGCUUUGAUGCUCUUCAUCACGCCGGUGUUUGGCACGCAUGGAGAUUCCCGCAAUCGCGCUGUCUAGUCGGGCGUCUCACUACGAAGCAGCCAUCCUUGGACGAUAUGCUCCCUUUAGUCGGCUUGGUAUCCACUGUGCAACUGCCGUCUUCGUAUCCCUUAUCGGCGUUGGCCAAACUCUCGGUCGAGGCUAGCAUGGUCGACAACGAAGCGCGAGUCACAUACGCCUCGAAUACCUUUCUGGCAGUUCAUGACAAGGCGUAUCGAUGGAGGUCAGCGUCAGGAAACGACACAAUCAAUCCUUCAGAUAGCGCGGCUAUCUUGCGCUCACUGGCGCUAUCUGACUUGCUAAUCGGCCUACAAUUCAACGACCAGGCUCGAUCGGACGUCAGCGACAUUGAGUCCUUCACCUGGAACGGCAAGCGUCAGAACCUUCUUCCGACUGACAAGAAGUUCUUGUCCGCCGUGGCACAAAAUCUGGACAUGUACCUCCCGUUCAAGGAGCUACAGCCUUCUGCACAGCGCAUGCGACUUGUAUUCCAGGGUCAGCAAAAGGAUGCGCUGAUCACUGACAUAGGAUUCAAGAACUCAGUGCUGAUGCGGUUCCUGUCAUACAACGCGCCCUUCCUGCUCUCAGGCUCUCAGGGUUUCUUCACCAGGUUCGAAGACGUCCUGGCGAGUAUCCAGGAUGCUGGAAGAGAAGAAUGCUACUUUGUGUCGCAUCGCAUAUAUGGCAGAAACCUGAACAGGAGCACGAAAAAUGUUCGCAGCGUCUGGGAGAGUUCCAUCUUUCCUACUCCUGCAGGGCGAUCAUUCAAACGAUUCUGGUCGGCGUUGCAUGAGGGUUAUGGUCCUGAGCACCGGUACAAGGUUCGGUUCGUGGGUCCUCUUUUGGCGUUGCACAUUGCAGGGGACUACUUUGCGGCAGGAUAUCUGGACGAGCCUACUGUCCAGGACAUGGCUGAGAUCAUUCGUCUCAUCAACAGCGGCGGUGUAAAGGGUUUGCGAGCCAUGGGAUUUAUCCCGGAUCACAUACCUGUCCCGGCGAAAUCCAGCAAAUAUGAUCUUCGCGUGGUACAGAAGGCAUUUUCGGAUUACUAUACAUGGCUCACAGCUUCCGUCGAUCCUGCUAAUCUCGUGAAAUGGAGGUGGAGCGUAGUAUCCGCGGAAAAUCACCUCUGCAAGCAUUUGCGUCUCCUAGAUGAGGUUAGACUUCUCGGGCGUUGA